AAAGCAGAAGCAAGCAACAGAGUUUGCGCAUGCGCCCUUCAAGGUGGCCGGGAAAGAGGUGUGGUUACGCUUAUGAACGAGAGCUUCCUAGAGGUAGCAUAGAGACAGAAAAAGACUAAAGUGACAUACAGUCUGCAUUUCCGCCACUACACUGAAAAAUAAUUGGCCACGCUUCUCAGUAAAGACCUUGCUGUAUCCUUACGUCUCUCGAAUGAAGGCGCUCUGCAAUUGGCGCGGCAACCACGUGACACCGGAAGUACCCCCCCGAGGACUGAAGGGGCGACCCACCUGGCCCUAAAGACCUCCGCGGAAGUCGGUGGCUCCUACCCCCGGUUUCUCUGGUGCCAGCUCUGGGUUCGAGUUCUUUCUGGGUCUUGCCCUUCUCCAUCAUGGCGAAUACGGCAGCUAAUUUAAACGCUGUGAGGGAGACCAUGGACGUUCUGCUUGAGAUAUCAAGAAUAUUAAACACUGGCUUAGAUAUGGAAACCCUGUCGAUUUGUGUACGGCUUUGUGAACAAGGGAUAAAUCCUGAGGCAUUGUCUGCAGUAAUUAAGGAACUACGGAAGGCUACAGAAGCCCUAAAGGCCACUGAAAAUAUGACAAGCUGACUGUAGAAGAUCUUCUGACUGAGAUAAAGCUUGAUGUGAGAGGCUAGAAGAUGACUUGAAGAUUUUCUGUUACUUAGGACUAUAGAACUGUGUGUGUGUGUGUGUGUGUGUGUGUUGGAUUCCAAGCACUUCUGAAAUCUACACUGAAGAAUUAGAAGAAAUUAAAGAUGUAUAAAUGAUUUGAAAACACUUAUUAACCAAUAAUCCUUCAAAUUGCCUUUUUGCUUUUAUUGGAUAUUGUGAUCUAGAAAUAUUGUAAUUAUGCAUUCUGCAAUUUGGGGACCUCAUUUUAUUGGCUUUCAAAUCUUUCAUAGUCCCUAAAAAGAGUGAAAGUAUACUAAAAUGUUACCAUUUUUUAUAUUACUGUUGACAUGUGCUGACUUCAUUACAAAGGACUGGAGUUAUAAUAGACUUUCUUAUUAAAUGUAUGCAACUUAUUUAAAUUAUUUUCACAUUUUAUACAUUUUAGGUUAUAAUUAAAAUGUUUGCUUUAACACUAAGCAACCUGCUUUAUUGUGAAGGAAACUGCUUUACUUAUUUUUUAAAAUACGCAUACACAAUAUCUUGCACAUAUGUAAGGGAGUUCACUGCACGGGAGUAUUCUUGUGCAGUAGGGUGAACAUCUGGCCAAAGCAUAUUUACUAUCAUUGCUUUCAGUGGAAGAGUUGAGCACAUGGUUGACUUUAUUCUGUUUGAAAUCAAUGGCACCAAAAAGUGUUUAAUUUUGAUUGGAUCAUACUCUGUAUUACUAACUAUUAUGUCUUUUCUUACUUGCUAUUAUGCAUGAAACAAACGACAAUAGAACAUUAUUAUACCAAGUCCCUUGAAAAGGUUAUCAAACUUAGUUGGGGAAGAUCAAAUUACAUUUUUAUUUAUGGGGGUAGGGUGAUCUUUCAGCUUCACUAUGGAAUUUCAUUUAAUAACAGUGGGAAGAUUGCACAUAAAUCAAGGGUAGAAAACGUGUGAGCUGCAGUAGUAGUCACCAUCACAAGAACAUUUUAUGUGUUUAAUGAUUACCUGUACUCUUUCUUUGUUUUUUCUACAGUCUCCUUCCUUUUGUAUUUCACUUUUUCAUAUGGACUGCAGUCCCCAUGUAUUCUAUAUAUUUAAAGAGCCAACGAAGAAAUGGCAUCCUUUUUGUAAGCAGUUAAUAAGGAGAAGGAGAGAUGUCUGAGUUCAUAUUUUAGGUUGUACAAGGUCUGAGAGAAAACAACCUUGCUUUGUUUAGGGGUAAAAGUAUUUUCACAGUAUGAUUCCUGGAAUCUAUUAUUGGCACUGUAACAUUAUUUUAAUGUUAAAGCUUAAAGACCUUUUGUGUGUUUGGUUUUAUUUCUUAUAAAGCCUUAAUUGGUCAGACUUAAAAUUUGA